AUGCCCGACCAGCCGCGUCGCGUUCUCGAAAAAUCAAGAACCGUUCGCCGCAGAUACCAGCGAUCCAACAAGCGAUUUCAAUUCACGGCGUCUCAAAUCCAGAAGAUUGAAAGGGAAGAGGAGCGGGAGAAGAAAGCUCAACAACUCCGAGACCGAGAGAAAAAGAAGAUUGCCAACAAGAAAAAAAAGGCCGAGAAGGAGGCCCAAGAACGAGAGGAACGGAAACGCCUCGGCUUGCCGCAUCCGAAUGGGCCGAAAAUUACUGCUAGUCAGCCAUUGAUGCUGAAUUUUUUUGGAAAGAGGAAAGCAGAGGAUAAGGAAGAUGAUAUAGAAGAAGAAGAAGAAACACCAACAAAACCAUGCUUUGAGAAUGUGGUGGAUAUACCACAACAAGACAUGAAAGUGGACAAAGCUGCUCAGCUUGAGGAUGAUGAUACAGAGACUGAAUUUGAAGAUGACUGGUUUGAUAAUGACUUGGUUUUGGAAGAGCAUUCACAAUGCACAAACAAUGCUAUCAGUAAAGGUGUUCCUGUCUUUCGUGCUCUUCACAGUGACUGCCGAGCAACUGCACCUGAAGACAGCAAGGCGGCAAUUUCCCAAGGGGAAGUGGGCCAUUUAUAUAUGAACACAAACAAACUCUGUGAGUCUUUUGAAGACGACACUGCCCAUCUUUUGGAGGACCUCGACCCCACCACUAUCCUUCAGACCCUCGAAAACACCGCGCCUACCCUGCAAGAUUAUCAAGCACCAUACAAGGCAUCAAACACACACGCCAUGCCUUCUCCUCCCAAUCGCACCGCUCAGCGUGGACAAGCUCAGAAUUGCGCAGGCGCAGAAACCAGCGAAAGGGACGAUUACAAGGAAAACUGGCAUCCCAACUUCCCUCGCGACGGCCGUGAGACACAACUACCUCCACCGCAGCCAGCGAUUACACGCCGCCAGUCCUCGCAAAGCCAGUCAUCUCAUUCUUCGGGACCUCGUCAAGUCCUCGAUGUUUUGUCAAGCCGUGGCUCCGACGACGAAGUGGCCCCAGAGGUGACGUCUCCUAAGAAAGAUCGGCAUGCCUCGAAAGAACCGCCAAACGACCAUGCUGGGUCCAAGGAUGAGGCGCCCUUUGAGAUCCAUGUCGACACCGAAGAUGACUAUGGAGAUCUCGACUUGUCUACACAGGAGCUGAAGGAUCUCGAUGACAUGACAAAAAACAACGCCUAA